ACAUCUUCUUGGCCUUCUCGCGUAGUUAUACUAUACCGUUAUCUAGCUUCAUGACUGUCUUUUUUUAUUCUUGUUGUUCUUUCACCAUGGUGGCAUAGGUAGCAGGUAGUCUGCUGUGAAUGGUGAAAGCCGCGAAAACACCGUGCCGUUGUGCGAAGUGCUGCCUUCAAUAUGCACAGAUGUUUACACCACCAGAGCCUCAUCGAUGUCAAGUGACACUCGUCGUACCGUAGUGUUCGGUGGCUAAAACUCCCGAUCUCUGCAAAACGACUCAUUCUGCAUCAGUGCCAGCAAAACAGAGAAUUGCAAAAAACAUGUCAGACGACGACAAGCCCGAGCUUAUGUACCCUGCCUUUCCUGUGGAAGACACUGGGGAAGAAUAUGACUUGGACCUCCCUCCCACAACAGCAAAUGAAUACUUGAGAAGGGUCCAAUUAGAAGCCAGCAAUUGCCCCGAUGUUGUUGUGGCAGACUUGGACACUAGCCAGUUUCUGACCAAGCAAACUGUAUCUUUCAGUAACUCUAAUGAUUGUCCACCACCCCCAGAGGGUUUUGCGCCUUCACGUGAAUGGCAGAGGAAACAGGUCUACAACUUCCACAUUGCUAGAGAGAAAAUCAUCAAACGGAAGGCCCUUUUGAAAAGGAGUAAGGAAAGGUGUUCUGUGAAGCUGCCCAGAUUUGAAGAGAAGGACCGAUGGAAGGCCAUCUUUUGCGGCUCUGCUGCACCAAGCAUUCAUCCUCUUGUCAGCAUUGUCACUACCAUCCCACAGCAAUCAAUAGAAGCAGUAAUCAGCUACAGUGCACGAUGGAUUGAAGAGGAAGGGUUCUGUGCUAGUAUGGGAAAGUGGCUGUAUGCCCUGCUCGCUUGUGUGGAGAAGCCACUGCACCCAGAUAUGUGCUCCAACAUCCGUGCCUUGGCACGUGCUUGUGCAUCAGCAAGGAGGAAAUUGACAUCCAAAGAUGACCCCAACCUUGCACCUUUGAACCUCAUCAUAUGCCUCAUCGCUUGCUACUUCAACCAGACAGACUUGGCGGACAAUUGAAGAAACAAGAAAGAAAGGCUGCAUCCAAGACGCCAACACACUGGAAACAUUGCCAACAUCCAUCAUGCUUUAAUAAUAUUCGUUUAAUAAUAAAUAUGAAUGAAAAUGUUUCUACAUUA